AUGGAGGCGAGCGGGAAGAUUAUGAAGGGAAAAUCCAGCUUGGGUGAAUCCAUAAGAGGUUCCAUGGACAACUCUAUGGGCUUCACGAAAGCAAGGGGCAGACGACACCAGCACUGGGGGCUGUGCCAGUGGCGUUCUGGGACCACUGGGCAAGCUAGGCACGCGCUAGGCGAUGGAGGUUGCAUGCUGGGCAUCGGUCCACGUGGCAACGGCGGAGUUAGUGGGUUAGGUGAUGCCCCUAGCGUCGUAGCUGGCUUUGGUGACGUUGCUAGCCCGACUGACGGUUUGAGUGGCGCCCCUAGCAUGUCUGGAGUCGACGUUGAUGCAGGAGGCCACAGUUUGGGCGACACCCUUGGCAUGGCUAGUGGUGGUUUGGGCGACGCCGGGGAGAAGAAUAUUGACACGCAUGCACGCUCAGGUGCUGGUGCUUGCUCAAGUGGACUGCUAGGCGACAUUCUAGAGCACUAG